AGAUAUAUACCUUAAAAUGAAUAUUCUGUUCUAGGAAAACCAAAAAGAGUUCUUGACCCAUCCACAGGUUUAUCCUCUCCUCCAGUUUCGCAGAUGCAAUCAAAUCCUUACAUGUACAACCAACAGGUGCCUAUGCACAAUGGAAUACCAUUAGAUUAUGGUUUUAAUGUACCAGAACAAAAUAUGCCUCCUGCUACUCCUACUUCCUACGGAUUUAACCAUCAAGUUCCAAUGUCAAUGCAAAAUGAUGGAUUUCAACCAAAUCAGUUUGGUUCACGAUUAUUAACAGAUCCUUUAGUAACAAAUGUGGCUAUGCAGUAUGGCAAUGCUUUAGCUAGUACAGGAAAGCAGCAAUUUGAAAAAUUUGUGCCCAUUACUGCUCUUAGAUAUUAUUUUGCUGUUGAUACAGAUUAUGUUGUGAUGAAACUUUUUCUACUAUUUUUUCCAUUUACACAUAAGGAUUGGUCAAUUAAAUAUGAACAAGAACAUCCUUUGCAACCACGCUUUGAAAGGAAUGCACCAGACAUGUACAUUCCCACAAUGGCAUUUCUUACAUAUGUUGUAAUGUCUGGUCUUGCACUAGGUACACAAGAAAAAUUUACGCCCGAACAAUUAGGUAUAACAGCUAGUUCUGCAUUAGCUUGGGGAAUCAUAGAAUUAUUAGUUCACAUCAUAACUCUUUAUGUUAUGAAUCUUGACACAAGUUUGAGAUUAGGUUAUUAUAGUGUAUUUAGCUAUUUCAGUAUAUCACUUGCAUUUUUCUUGAUACGAUCACUAAAACUUAGAGUAAUACCAGAAGGGCACUCAUCAUAUUCGGCUUUAGGCAAUAAAAGAAGAUUAUAUUUUAUUCUGUUUAUUGCUGGAAUUCAACCAAUCUGUAUGUGGUGGCUUUCAUAUCAUCUGAUAUAAAAGUUGAUGAUGAAGUUUUGUUUAUUAUUUAUAAAGUGGGCAAUAAAGGGCAGAUUAAAAUACAAAUAAAAGUUAUUAUGAAAAUUAACUUUUCCUAUACAUUUUAAUAUAAUAAGACAUAAUAAACCAAGAUUCCUUUUCAGCAGUUAUAAUAGAUUUGUUUUUCCAUAAACUGAAAUCAAGAU